AUGUUGCUUUUCAUGGAGCAGGUAACAUCUAAAGGAACUGGUUUAAAUCCUAAUGCCAAAGUAUGGCAAGAAAUUCCUGCUGGAAGUACUGAUGCCACCUCAGUAACUCAUGGAACUGAAAGCUCUUGGCAUGAAACAGCAGCCACGUCAGGGUCUCAUCCUGAGGAGCCAUCAGAAGAUACGUGUAAGGAAUAUGAAGUAAUGUAUUCUCCAUCUUGUGAAAGCACAAGAAAUACUACAGGCAUUGAAGAGUCAACUGAUGGAAUGAUUUUAGAUUUGGGUUACCAAAUAUAUGAUGUUUCCGGAGAAAGCAAUUCAGCAAUUUCUACAGAAGACCUAAAAGACUGUCUGAAGAAACAAUUAGAAUUUUGUUUCUCACGAGAAAAUUUGUCAAAGGACCUUUAUUUGAUAUCUCAAAUGGAUAGUGAUCAGUUCAUCCCAAUUUGGACAGUUGCCAACAUGGAAGAAAUAAAAAAGCUGACCACAGACCCUGAUCUAAUUCUUGAAGUAUUGAGAUCUUCUCCCAUGGUACAAGUGGAUGAGAAGGGCGAGAAAGUGAGACCAAGUCAUAAGCGUUGUAUUGUGAUUCUUAGAGAGAUACCUGAAACAACACCAAUAGAGGAAGUGAAAGCUUUGUUUAAAAAUGAAAACUGCCCCAAAGUGAUAAGCUGUGAGUUUGCACACAAUAGCAACUGGUGUAUCACUUUCCAAUCUGACACAGAUGCACAGCAGGCUUUUAAAUACUUAAGAGAAGAAGUUAAAACAUUUCAGGGCAAGCCAAUCAUGGCAAGGAUAAAAGCCAUCAAUACAUUUUUUUGCUGA